CUAUUCCCUCCCUCCUUCCCACGUCCUCCGUCUCUCCUCCCGAAAUAUAUAAGUUUAAAAGCAUCCAUCGUCUCUCGACUGACACACAGACAGAUUGACAGAGAGGAGAGAGAGAGAGAGAGAGAGCGAGAGCGAAACAGGAACGAACCCAUACAAGACACAACCGACCAACAUCUGAACUAACCGUCCAGAAGACGAAGAGGCCCACCGAUGUUGCCGGAUAUAUUGGCUGCACCACCGCUUUCAAUCUGAGCGGCUCGCCUAACCCUCCUCAAUGCCGGCAUUCGACAUGCAUUACUCCCCGUCUCCCGCAAUGUCUCAGCCUAAACGAUCCUCCCUGAGUCCACCCCAAAACGCUUCCAUUAGGGAUCUGAAGCAGCGAGUCAUUACCUGCCUCAACAAGCUCUCUGAUCGAGACACUCUCGCCAUCGCCACCUCCGAACUCGAAUCCAUCGCUCGGAAUCUCACUCACGAAUCAUUCUCCCCGUUCCUCACUUGCAUCUACGAUACUGAUUCCUCCGAGAAGACUCCUGUCCGUAAGCAAUGCGUCCGUCUCCUUGGCUUCCUUUCAGAGACACACGGUGACGCUCUCUCUCCUUUCUUAUCUAAAAUGCUCGCCAACAUAGUCCGCCGCCUCAGAGACCCCGAUUCAGCCGUCCGUUCGGCUUGCGUCGAUGCCGUCACGGCGAUGGCCUCACAGAUCACCAAGCCUCCCUUCUCUGUGUUCUUGAAGCCAUUGACGGAGGUUCUUUUUCUUGAGCAGGACUACAAUUGCCAGAUCGGUUCCGCGCUUUGCCUGGCCUCCGCGAUCGACGCUUCGCCUGAUCCUGAGCCAGCGCAACUGCAGAAACUUCUCCCAAGGCUCUUCAAGGUGCUUAAGAGUGAGUGCUUUAAGGCAAAACCGGCAUUGUUGUCGCUCAUUGGCAGCAUUGUUGGCGUCGGAGGUGCCUCCAGUCAUAAUAUUCUGUUAAAUUUGAUCCCUUGCGUGAUUGAUUUCUUAAGUAGUGAAGAUUGGGCUGCGAGGAAGUCUGCCGCGGAGACGCUUGUGAAGUUGGCUGUUGUGGAGAGGAAUUUGUUGUCUGAGUUCAAGUCUUCGUGUCUGACGUCCUUUGAGGCUCGGAGGUUCGAUAAGGUGAAGGCUGUUCGAGACACUAUGAACCGUAUGUUGGAAGCCUGGAAGGAUGUUCCUGGCCCUCCUGAUGAGGUCUCUCCGUCAUCCCAAUCCAAAUCUUCUUCAAGAGAGAAUGCCAGCGACGGGCGCUUCCCUCCUUGUUCUGGAAGUUCUGGUUCUUUGGGCUUUGAAACUCCACAAACGAGGAAGAAAACCAUCACGACAAGCAGGUCAUCCCCACCAUAUAGUUCAUCUGAAACUACUGCUAGAAAAAGGAGCCCUUUGAAGAUCACUGACAAUAAACCGGGUCCAGCCUUGUUUCGCAAACUGGAUUGUAAGAAGCCGGCUGAUUGGAAACUUGAGAUUGCUGUUCCUCACGCCCAGUCUUUUACUGUGUUAUGCGAUGAUGAUUCUAAGCACAGAGACGGGAGGAUUCUUGAAUCAGUGGAAAACGAGAGUAGGCCUGAAACAAAAAGAGCCCUCUUUAAUAAGAACUUAGAAGACAAGGGGUAUAGGUUUGGUGGGUUGAGAUCGGGGUCUCGUGUUGUCCCGUUUCAUGACAAGGAGGGCUUUGAAUCCACUGUUGUGGUUAGCAAUGCUACGGAAGAGAUCUAUGGGAACCAAAAGGACAAUGAGGAAUUAUCUUUGAUCCGAAAACAGCUUCUUCAAAUUGAGAACCAACAAUCCAGUCUGUUGGAUCUUCUCCAGAGGUUCAUUGGGAGCUCACAGAAUGGGAUGCGUUCUCUGGAGACCCGUGUGCAUGGAUUAGAAAUGGCAUUGGAUGAAAUUUCCCAUGACUUGGCUGUAUCAACAGGAAGGAUAUCAACUACUGACACUGCUGGAAACACAUGUUGCAUGUUACCUGGUGCAGAAUUCCUCAGCUCCAAGUUCUGGAAGAGAACAGAAGGCCGAUACUCAACUUCUAGGUUCUCUUCUGCUGGGGUCUCACCAUCGUUGGCCAUGACGAGGAACAUGAUGGAGAAAGAUGGCAAUUCUAACCCUCUUAAGAUGGAUAACAGGAAACUACGGCUCCAAGGGAACAGUGAACUUGUCAUGAAUCCAUUGGCAGAAAUUCACAGUGACUGCAGGGGGAGUGCAGGGGUUUACUCAAACCAAAUACCAAAGAAAGUGAACCAAGAUCCUGAGGGGAGGCAAACUUCCAAUUGCAGUGGAAUUGAUGGGGCUUCUCUGGUCACUGGCGUAUUGCCAGCUGAUGUGAUCUGCAGGUCAUCCGCAUAAAUGGAAUGGAUGUUGAGUUUGUCGGAGGAGUGAGGAGAGAAGACUCGGAAUUGGUCAAGGCAAAGGCCACCGUGAUGGUUACAUCAAUCAAAGAUCUCUCUUUCAGAGAAGUUGGUCUAUCUACCUUGAAGACUAGCUUGUGAAUUGUGACUCAAGAAAAAGGCCAAAAGUUCUGAAUUCAGAUGCUAGGCAGUCACCAGGUUGAUUCAUUCAAUAGUCCUAUAAAAGCAGUGCUCGGUUAAGUUGGGAAAAUCGAUGUAAUUGCAUUUGAUCCACACAUCAGAUGCCAUGUACACGGGAAACGGGGAAAGAAGUAGAAUGUACAUAGAAAGAAUAGGCUUCUUGUGGUUCUCUACCCAUCUUUCAUUCUCGAUUUCUUUAAUUGCUACAUUACGUGUCAAAGGAGUACAUGUGAGGUGGUAGUGGUAUUGAGACUGCUACCAUUAAGCAACCGUAGCAGUAUGCAAAUCAUUUACUAGCAUGCCAAAGCCAAACAUUGAUAGAA